AUGAGCAAGUCAAUAGAAUUCACGACCACCAAUCGAAAUGCGCCGGUACUUCAUUAUCAAGGAUAUCAAUAUACAAUUAAACGGAAUUAUAAAACUACGAGUGAAUGGCGGUGUCGAAGAAGGCCAUGCACGGCUUCUUUAUCGUUGAGUCUUGGAAAAGAUUCAAUUAUUCGUGAACCUGGUGAUCAUACAUGCCAAUAUUCUUCACCAGAAAGUGUUGUUGUUGAAAAAGCUAUUUGCCGUAUGAAAAAACGAGCAACGGAAGAAACUUUACCAAUACCCCAUAUAUAUGCACAGGAAAUUAUAAAAAUUCGUAUUGAUCAUCCACAGAUGAAUACUGGUGCAGCUUUUCCAUUAUUGAACAGCAUUGACUCAACUUUGUAUCGUCAACGUGCGCAAAAUUAUCCAAAGCUUCCAUCAAGUAUUAUUGGUUUAAUGAUUCCAGAUCCUUGGAAACUCGAUCGUUAUGGUGAACCAUUUCUUUUAAUCGAUGAAACUUACGGUGAAGAUCGACUUCUUAUGUUUGCUUCAGAUUGGAGCUUGAAAUUCUUAGGGUCCUGUAGCCAGUGGCAUUCUGAUGGAACUUAUAAAUGCCGACCUUUAUUAUUUUCCCAAGUCUAUAUAAUUUUUGGUUUCAACAGCAUGAUGAUACCGUGUGUUUAUUGCUUAUCAACCAAGCAAGAUGAAAAUAUUUACAUGAAAAUUUUACACAAUUUAUUACGUAUUGUUCAACAAAAAGGAAUUCAUUUUGUUCCAGAACGCAUAACAUGUGAUUAUGAAUUAGCAGCCAUUAAUGCAUUUAGAAGUGUUUUUCCUCAGGUACAUAUUUCAGGGUGUUUUUUUCAUUUUUCUCAAAGUCUUUGGCGCAAAAUUCAAGAGUUAGGUCUCACUCAAUAUGUCAAAUAUGCAAAUUUAACUGCGUCAAAUAAUGCUUCAGCUGAAGAAAAAAUGAAAAGUACCAAAUGGUUUCUAUGUGCCAUUGGUUUAGCUUUGAUACCACCGCAUCUAGUCGAGAAAACAUGGGCAGAGGUUAUGGAUGAAUAUACACCUAGUCAUCGUUCAGCUAUCAAAUUUAAUGAUUACAUGGUGUCAACAUACGUUGAUCUUAGUUCAUGUCGUUUUCCUGUUAAUUUAUGGAACGUUAAUGAUGCUGUUAUUAAUAAUAUACCUAGAACCAACAAUCACGUCGAAGGUGAAAUAAAUAUUUGUUUUAAAUGUUCAAUUAAUGUUAAUCAAUUACGGGAACAUGGUAAACAUCAUCCAUUAUCAACAUAUAAGUUAAAUGAUAUACCAUUGGAUGAUAAUUGUAUAAGUGAAUGGUUAUCAAAUGAUGAAAUAAAUUUAAUUGAAAUAAUUGAAUCAUGUGGAUUAGGAAAUUGGAAUGAUAUUGCUUUUAAAAUGUCGAAAAAUUCAUUUGAUUGUCAAAAUCAUUUUGAAGAUAUUUAUUUAUCACCUUUAACAAGUUCAUAUUCAAUUUAUUUUCAAUCAUUUAAAAAUAAUAAACAAUUAUAUGGAGAAAAUUAUAUUAAUGGAAAUAAUAUUAAUAUGAAAUAUUUAAUUUAUCCUCCUAUGUUAAUUGAUAGUGAACAACAAAAAUUAUUAACAUAUAUGCCAUUUAGAGAUGAAUAUGAAAGAGAAUAUUUAAAUCAAGCAGAAAAUCGUUUACCUAUUUUAAAUAAUGAUCAACAAUUAAAUCAAAUUAAUGAUCAACAACAACAACAAUCUCAACAACAACAAGAUAAUAGUUCAACUAUAUUAUUACAUAAUGCUAAAUUAUCCCUUUUACGUUGUUAUGGUCAAGUUUUAAGAAGAAGAUUACAAUUAAAAGAUUUUAUUAGAGAUUAUGCUAUUGGAUUUAAUUAUUCACCUGAUCAACAAAUGGAUCUUCAUCAAAUAAGUCGUUUUCUUUCUGCUGAUCAAUAUGAAAGACUUAUUUUUAAUCAUCGACGUUAG